CGACACUCAGCGCUCUCCAGCUGUGAUCAGAUGCUGUGGCAGUGCAAAUCGAGAAGAUUUGAAAAAACCAGCCAGGACUUCUGGCCCACGACGCAGCGAGCUGCCAACGCGAUUACGAUCAGCACAUCCCGACUCUCCAUCUUACCGCAAACAUCCGCAGUGCGUGAGGCAUGUGUCAUCGUGACAAUGCGCAAGACAUGUUAAUGUGGACGCUAAAGUUCAAGUUGA